AUGGCAUAUGAUCGAGACGAGUUCAUUCGCCUAUUGACGGACUACUACGAGUUCUGCAACCGUAUUUUCUGGAAGGCCACCGUGAGGCAAGCUCCGCCUGGGGGCUGGCCCUCGAUCAAUCACGAGUCCAUUGCCGGCCUUGCGAAGAACGAUACGGUGAUUGACCUUCUCCGCCAUCUCCCUUACGUCGACUACAGCGAGCAAGAUCUCUACUUCAUGCCCAUCAUAUUGGACGAGACGCCCAUCGUAGACUACCGCCGCGAGGAUCUACAACAGCUCGUCAGAGAUGGCAAGAUCGAGGGCUACGUUGAGCCCAACAACGGCGGCAACCCGCCCAUCCCGCCCUCGUGUGCCUGUAUCGCCACUUGCCUGGGCCGCAAGGGCUACUACGUCGUCGUCGACACGGACGACGGCUACGUCUACUGGGGCGACCCGAACGGGCAGCACGACGAGCCCCCGACGGAGCUCAACGACGUCCUGGAUCGGUACGAGGGCGACAGCGCCAACUAUUGGCGGAACAGCGGCGUCAACGUGUACCGCCCUGCCGAUUUCUUCUCGCUCUGCAAGCAGCGCUUCCGGGAGUUGCGCUGGGUCGGCCUCGGCCAGUGGCAGAUGAGCGCCAUGAGGAUGGGCGAUGAGUGGGAUGAAGUGGAUGAGGACCACCUGGACCUGGUCGAGAAGAUGAGGGCGGCGGGAUGGCCCGGCGAUGGUGAGGGCGGCGGUUGGGACCGGGCCAGGUUUGAGGCAGAAGUCUACACGGACGAUUAA